AUGAACGGCGGCCCCUCUGGUUUCAACAAUGCGCCAGUCACAAGAGCGUUCGUCAUUUCUUCUGCCCUCUUCACCCUCUUCUUUGGGAUCCAGGGCAGGUCUGCCAAGUUCGGAUUGUCCUACCAGGAUAUUUUUGGGAAGCUCCGUGUUCUGAAGCUGAUUGCCUCAGUUUUUGCCUUUUCAUCAACGCCAGAAUUGUUGUUCGGACUUGGUCUUUUGUAUUACUUUAGGGUUUUCGAGAGACAGAUUGGAUCAAACAAGUAUUCGGUGUUUAUAUUGUUCUCUACAAUUGGAUCGUUGCUCUUUGAGGCCCUUGCCCUAUCGCUUCUAAAAGACCCAACUCUGAACUUGCUUACAUCUAGACCUUAUGGCCUCAUUUUCGCUUCAUUUGUGCCCUUCUUCUUUGACAUUCCGGUAUCAACUUGGUUUCGUGUCUUUGGCAUCCGCUUCUCUGACAAGUCGUUCGUGUAUCUUGCUGGUCUGCAGCUUCUGUUAUCAUCUUGGAAAAGAUCCCUCAUACCUGGAAUAUGUGGCAUUCUUGCUGGCUCCUUGUACCGUUUAAACCUCUUCGGUAUCCGGAAAGCAAAGUUCCCUGAAUUCAUGGCUACUUUUGCCUCCCGAUUUUCUUGGCCAUCUACUGGGAGUCCACGUGGGGUAACAACAACUAGGGCCAAUGGCGCAGCACCAACUGUUCCAUCAUACGCAGGUCGCCGUGUGGAGAGAACAUAUCCUACCCCAGUCCCUUCUUCUGUAGAACCAUCAGAGUCCGCCAUUGCCACAUUAGUUUCUAUGGGCUUCGACGGCAAUUCGGCAAGACAGGCACUUGUGCAGGCUAGGAACGACGUCAAUGCCGCUACCAACAUCCUUCUUGAAGCCCAAUCACACUGA